CUUUUUUUUUUCUUUACUAAAGACUGUCUAUUUAGUUACGCUUUCUAUUUUAUCCUCCUUCCUUUCCUUGUCUCUCUUUUCUUUCAUUUUUUCUUUAAUAUGCGCAUCAUUACAAGUGCAAUAUUGUUUCUCUUGAUUUCAUCUAGUCAAGUCUCUUCACUUCCUACUAAAACAAUAGCACCUAUUCACCUUCCCCUUCGCUAUGUAAAGAGAGUUCAUCCACAAUCAUUACAGCUUCUUCAACAUGUUAAGAGAGAUAUCAGUAUAGGUCUUUCCGCUUCGAGUAAUGACACUUUAGUGGCCGCUGUCAGCAACAGUGGUACAGAUAUCAGUAUACCUCUCAUCAAUGAUGCCGAUUUAAGUGAAUUGGCCGUUCAAGUCAAUAUUGGCACACCUUCUCAACCUUUCUUCUUGUUGUUUGAUACAGGCAGUGCAGAUACGUGGGUUCCCAGUACGCAAUGUGGCUCCAAUGAUGGUUGUCCUAGCUUUUUACAGCGUUUUGAUACAAAAGGAUCAAGUACAUACCAAGCGCUUAAUGACGACCUCCAUAUUACUUAUGGCAUCGGUAGUGCGAGUGGUACUUAUUUCAACGAUUCCUUCUCAUUUGAAGGCACAAGUGCAUCAUUGUCUCAACAAAGAUUGGCCAUUGUCAACAAAGCUGCAGGCCCAAUUUCUACACAGAAUAAUGAAACAGACGUGGACCAGGUCUUAUUGGAUGGUAUUUUUGGUGCUGGCUUUCCUGCAGGCACCACAAGUGCAUUUCAUCAUGGGCAGACCUAUAACCCACCCAUUUUCAAUCUUUAUAAGCAAGGCUUAAUUCCUCAACCUGUGUUUACUGUCACUAUUCAUGAUCAAGACGGUGGCCAUGUUGUAUUGGGUGAUGCGGACACUUCUGCUGCUAAGACGCAACAACUCGUUUAUGCAAAUGUUCCUCGCAUUCAGAAUAGUUUUACACAUUGGUCCGUAAGCUUAAAGGGUUUACAGUUCCAAAAUGCAAGUGCCUCUACUAACUUUCACUUUAACCAAAACACUAUUUUUGGUGUGGAUACGGGCUCAAACUUUAUGUAUUUACCAAAGAUAUUGGCUCGCGGUUUAGCUGAUGUGGUCUCAAACCAUACAUUCACAAUGGAUACCAAGACAAAAAACGUGUUUGUUGUCGACUGUGCUUAUCAAGACACAGACAAUCAAGUCAACUUCUAUUUCGAUAAUGCUCAGUCUAUCACUAUCCCUGUCAAACAUUUGAUUGCAAAAAGGGCCAGUGACGGCCAAUGUUUGUUGUUAUUUGUCGCUUCUGAAAAUAACUUUAUCUUGGGCAAUAUGUUUUUGCGUCAUUUUGUCACUGUCUUUGACUUUGGCAAUACCCCACGUAUUGGUUUUGCCCCUCUUCAGGAAUAAAGCAAAGGAGAAGAAAUUAAAUUGUACGUUGAAAAUAAACUUUAAU